AACACUCUCAUAGUUUGUGCGAAGCCCAAUCAUUCCUCCCUCUGCGUCUCUCUCUCUCUCAUUUAUUAGCGAGUGCAGCGGCGGAGUUGGCUCUUCUCCUCUCCAUUGCGCCCACUGCCAUCUCCCGGCGAGAGAGAGAGAGAGGCACCUGCUGGAGUGGCUGCUGCCUAUUUUGAUCUCUCGCAGGUCGUUUCUGCUGCAUGCGUAGAGAUUUCUAAAGCUCUUAACCGAUCUCCCAGUUCUUGUCAUUUUUCAUUGCUUGGAUUGAAGAGUAAACACUGCAGUGGAUAUUCCAACGCAUGGAGAAAAUGAUUUCUCAUCAUGUGUUUCUCUGUAUCUUUCUUGAGUGAAGGCCAUCAUCUCUCUUUCGCUUUACCCGUCUCAGGUCUCAGCAGAAGCUAUCUGUGGGUGUUCUUCUCUCUCCUCUUUCCAUUUGGAUGAUUCGAAAGAUCUUGAGCUGGUUUUUAGGGUUUGCAGAUACACCCCCUCACCUUACUUCCAUCCUGAAACAGAAAUCCUUUCAGAAAAGGCCUCUAUUUGUUUUCUGAGAGGAAUUCUGCACUGGAAAUUGGUACAGACAAUUUCCUAUAAAAUCUGCACUGCUCAGAGUGACAUCUAAUUCGAUCAUUCUUUUAGUUUUGAUAACUCUUCUUUUGUUGUAGUUGUAUGACCACAUGCACUUUUCCUUCCUUCUUUGCUACAACACAUCGACUGUAAGAUCAGACUUGGGUUUCAUUCUAGAUCUUAUAUUUCCCAUGUCAAAAGUUCUAUCUGAUUUUGUGCAUCCUUCUUGGAUUGUGUUGAUCUCUUGACGAACAACAUAUGAUAGGAUCCGUAAAUUGUGAACUCAAAACCUAAUUUAUACUGCUGGUGUGUGUUGAUUUCUUCUUCUUCUUCUUCUUCUUCUUCUGUGCACCCACAGGCAAUGGCUGGCCAUGGAUUGAUCCAGCAGCAACAGGAGAGGAGGCUGAGGCCUCACCCGGAGCGAGACCUGAAAUGCCCCAGAUGUGCCUCCACCAACACCAAGUUCUGUUACUACAACAACUAUAGCCUCUCCCAGCCCAGAUACUUCUGCAAGGGGUGCAGGAGGUACUGGACCCUGGGAGGCUCUCUCAGGAACGUCCCUGUGGGAGGUGGCUGCAGGAAGAACAAGAGGUCUUCCUCCUCCUCCUCGUCAUCAUCAUCUUACUACUCAAAGAAGGCGCAAGAACUAGACCUCACAUCCACCCCACUUCUCCCUACUCUCAUCCCUCCACCUCUUACAUAUGACCCAAGUGACCUCACUUUUAGGCUUCAAAAGCAGCCACCCAUGGUGCAGUUUGGCCUGGAUGACAAUAGCCACAACCUUAAUCCGGCGUUAUCUGCUCCGGCCCCAACAAAUGGUUUUCUCGACACCCUCGGGCAUGGAUUUCUUGACUUCACAAGACCAAUCGGGUUAAACCACCUUUACCAUGGGUAUGGAGUCAAUGGCAGGCUGGAGGAGAUUGGUGGGGAUAAGGGAGGACUGGGUGGUGCAACAACCGGCCAAGGAUCGUGCGAAGCCAUGGAUGGAGGGGAUACCAAAGCGUUCACAGGUCUCUCGUGGCAGGAAGGAAGCAUGGAUUCGGCAAGGGAUUGUUGGAAUGGUGCUGUGGGUUCUUCCUUGCAUGGACUGAUCAAUAGCUCCAUGCUGUGAGGUGCACAACUAUAGAUAAUACAUCUGUAUGAUGAAUACUUGUGGUCUCCUUCGAUGUUCUUGAUGUUAUUGUGA